AUGGUUACUUCUCAAUGGCUAUGUGUCAUAAUAGCUAUUGCUAUGAUUAACAUUGCAGCUGGAAACUGUCCUGAUGAUAUGCCAUCACCAUCUCUUACCCUUAAUCCAUUUCCUUCUGCUGCCCCAUCUCCAACUCCACUGGUUGUCACUACUGAGUUCCUUUCCUCUCCAAACACAUCGGUUAAUGCUCCACCAGUUUGUGUGAUGCCGCCAGACUGCAAAGCAUGGCAAGAGUUGGGGAUCAGUCAGAGUGGAGUCUAUCCAGUAAAACCAAAUGCAGGAGAAGCUUUUCAGGUAUACUGUGAUAUGGAGACUGAUGGUGGUGGGUGGACUGUAUUUCAGAGGAGACAAGAUAGAUCUGUUGCUUUCAAUAGGAACUGGGCUGACUAUGAGAAAGGUUUCGGUAACCUCACUGGGGAAUUCUGGCUAGGA